AGAGGUUUAGGCUUUCUGCCUGAAGGUUGCUUGGCAGGGAAGGAGAAAAUGAGCUGGCUGGGGAAGUGAAGGCUCACACAGCCAGUCAGGAAGGAUCCUUCCAUCUCUUCUUCUCCAGAGAGACAGGAGAAUAAUUUGGCUUCAGAUCUGAGGACAAAUCAUUCAUGAUGUCAGUCAAAAAAGAAGGUGCCCACAAGAAGUGGGCUGCCCUGAAGGAGAAACUAGGACCCCAAGAGAGUGACCAGUCAGAAGCUAACCUGGAAAAUGCAGAGCCAGAGCUGUGCAUUCGUCUCCUGCAAAUCCCGUCAGUGGUGAACUACUCUGGGCUGAAGAAGCGUCUGGAGAACAGUGAUGAUGCCUGGAUGGUCCAGUUCCUGGAGCUGUGUGGGCUGGACCUCCUCCUUGAGGCCCUGGACAGGCUGUCUGGGCGAGGAGUGGCCAGGAUUUCUGAUGCUUUGCUUCAGCUCACCUGCAUUAACUGUGUGCGAGCAGUCAUGAACUCCCACAAAGGCAUUGAAUAUAUUGUUAGCAAUGAGGGCUACGUCAGAAAACUCUUCCAAGCACUUGACACAACUAAUGUCAUGGUCAAAAAGCAAGUAUUUGAGCUCCUGGCUGCACUGUGCAUUUACUCGUCAGAUGGCCAUGCUUUGGCUUUGGAUGCGCUGGACCAUUACAAGAGUGUGAAGAACCAGCAGUAUCGAUUCAGCGUCAUAAUGAACGAGCUCUCCAACACAGAUAAUGUGCCAUACAUGGUGACACUACUGAGCGCUAUCAAUGCCAUCAUACUGGGAAAAGAAGAGCUAAGAACAAGGACCCAAAUCAGAAAUGAGUUCAUAGGGCUUCAGUUGUUGGAUGUUCUAGACAAGCUAAGGUAA